GCACUUUUUAUUGGCAUGUUUGGAGCAAAAGAAGACCCCAUGCUGUGUAAAAUGCUGAGAAGCCCUGAGUUUCCUCUUUUAUCAAAGGAAGGAGAUAUAACAAUUGGGGGAGCCUUCUCCAUUCAUAGCCAAAUCUCAGAGCCUUCACUCUCCUUCACGGGCACACCAGAGCCACUAACAUGCUCCAGGAUCAACUUGAGAGAAUUUCGUUUUGCUCAAACUAUGAUUUUUGCCAUUGAGGAGAUCAACAAUAGCAGCUCUCUGCUGCCUAAUAUUUCAAUUGGUUAUAAGUUAUUCGACACCUGUGGUUCAACGCUGCCUUCCACAGGAGCAGCAAUGGGUUUAAUGAAUGGACAAGAAAGAAGUCUGGGAAAAAACUGUUCCAGCCAGUCAUCAGUUCAUGCUGUCAUCGGAGCCUCUGAGUCUUCAUCAACAAUUGUGAUGCUACAGAUGUUAGGAAUAUUCCAAAUACCAGUGAUCAGCCACUUUGCUACUUGUGCCUGCCUCAGUAACAGACAGGAGUACCCGUCCUUCUUCAGGACCAUACCUAGUGACUACUACCAGAGCAGAGCCUUAGCCAAACUCGUAAAGCACUUCGGCUGGAGCUGGGUUGGGGCAGUUAGAAGUGACAACGAUUACGGAAACAACGGCAUGGCAACUUUUAUUAAAGCAGCGGGUCAGGAGGGGGUUUGUAUUGAAUACUCUGAAGCAAUCUCAAGGACAGCUGAUCGUAGUGAGCACAUUGCCCGGGUGGUCAGAGUAAUCAAAAGUGGCACUGCAAGGGUUUUAAUUGCCUUCCUUGCCCAAGCUGAAAUGAAUAUUCUCCUCGAGGAAACCCUGAAGCAGAACCUGACUGGGCUUCAAUGGGUGGGCAGUGAAUCGUGGAUCACAGCAGGCCAUUUGGCAAAUAAGAGGUACUCAGGAAUCCUGAUGGGGUCUCUGGGCUUCACCAUAAGAAAGACAAAGAUAACAGGCCUGCAAGAGUUUCUUUUAAAGGUCAACCCAAGACAGAACCCUCAGAACAAUCUACUAAGGGAGUUCUGGGAAGCCACAUUCAGCUGCACUUUCCAAUCCAGUCAGCUGGGUCAAACCCAAUGCUCUGGACAUGAGAGACUACAGGACAUUGACAAUCCAUAUACAGACGUGUCAGAGCUGAGGAUAUCUUCCAAUGUGUACAAGGCUGUGUAUGCUGUGGCUCAUGCCAUGCACAGCAUGUUGAACUGUGGAAAAAGAGGAGAAAUGAGUGAUCGACCAUGUCUUUGGAAAGAUGGCUCUAAGUCAGGAGAGGUUGUGAAACACCUCCAAAAUGUUAAUUUCACUAUUCUUUCUGAAAGGCAGCAUUUUGAUGAAAAUGGAGACCCUGCAGCUACUUAUGAGCUGGUGAAUUGGCAAAGAAGCCGAGCAGGAGAUACAGUGUUUGUGGGUGUAGGGAGCUAUGACGCUUCUCUACCAAGUGGAAAACAGUUCACCAUGAAUGGCAUUGACAUCAUUUGGGCUGCAGGAUCCAAAAAGAGGCCAAGGUCCGUGUGCAGUGAGGGUUGUCAACCAGGUUUCCGGCAGGCUGUGAUUAAAGGCAAACCCAUCUGCUGCUUCUCUUGCAUCGCCUGUGCUGCUGGAGAGAUCAGCAAUUCUAGUAGUUCUGCAGAGUGUUCCCAGUGCCCAAUUGAGUACUGGUCAAAUGAGGAUCACAGCCAGUGUAUUCCAAAGACAAUUGAGUUCCUUUCUUAUGGAGAAACCAUGGGGGCCCUCCUUGCUGCUUUCUCACUGUUUGGAGCAAGUUUAUCUCUUGUGGUGUCAUGUAUUUUCUUUCACUUUCGUCACACACCUCUUGUCAAAGCCAGUAACUCGGAGCUGAGCUUCAUGCUCCUCUUCUCCUUGACUCUGUGCUUCCUGUGUCCUCUGACAUUUAUUGGUCAACCCUCUGAGUGGUCCUGCAUGCUGCGACACACAGCUUUUGGUAUCACCUUUGCCUUGUGCAUGUCUUGUGUUUUGGCUAAAACCAUAGCAGUGGUUAAUGCUUUUAGAGCUAAGAGGCCAUCAAACACAGUCCUUCAAUGUUCAGCUUCACUGCAGAGAACGAGUGUUCUCAGCUGUACUUCGCUGCAGGUGUUAGUUUGUUCACUUUGGUUAAGUCUUGCUCCACCUUUCCCUUACAAAAACACAGCUCAUGUCAUUGAAAGAAUUAUUCUAGAGUGUAGCUUGGGUUCACUGAUUGGCUUUUGGGUGGUUCUGGGGUAUAUCGGACUCCUGGCUGUGCUGUGUUUUGUCCUCGCUUUUCUGGCUCGAAAGCUGCCCAAUAAUUUCAAUGAAGCAAAAUUUAUCACCUUCAGUAUGCUGAUAUUCUGUGCCGUCUGGAUUGCUUUCAUUCCUGCAUAUGUCAGCUCUCCUGGGAAGUUUACUGUAGCUGUAGAGGUAUUUGCUAUUCUGGCCUCCAGCUUUGGCCUUCUUUUUUGUAUAUUUGCACCUAAAUGCUAUAUUCUCCUUUUAAAACCAGAGAAAAAUACCAAAACACAUAUGAUGGGGAGAAACUGGGCCUUGUCAAUAAAACCAUAA